UUCCGCGUUACCAGGCCAAACACAACAGUUGUUGGCGGUAAGGAGGAGAGGCCAGGUCCUAAACAGUCAUGAGUGAGUUUAGAAUACACCAUGACGUGAACGAACUGCUCAGCCUUCUGCAUGUUCGUGGAGGGGAUGGUGCGGAGGUGUACAUCGAUUUACUGCAGAAGAACAGGACGCCCUAUGUCACGACCACUGUGUCAGCCCACAGCGCCAAGGUGAAGAUAGCGGAGUAUUCCAAAACACCUGAGGAUUUCCUGAAGAAAUAUGAGGAGCUCAAGUCCAAGAAUGUCCGAAACCUUGAUCCACUUGUUUACCUCCUGUCAAAGCUUACAGAAGACAAGGAGACUUUGCAGUAUUUACAGCAAAAUGCCAAGGAGCGGACAGAGAUGUCUGCGAAUGCCUCGGCUGCGACCAGCUCCACCUUCAGCCUCCCUCAGAGCAGCACCAAGAUGUCCAUGCAGGAGCUGGAGGAACUGCGCAAAAAGCUGGGCAACGUCACCGCCAGCUCCAACGUACCACAGUCGGCGGAGGUGACUCGUAAGAUGCUUCGGGACAGGCACAACAAGAAGAACCCCACCCAGCCCAUCCCCGUCUUCCCCAACUGGGUGUACGACCGGCCGACCCUUAUCGGAGACUUCAUCACGGGUGGCACUGGCACACCAGUUGGAGAACAAGCGCCCCCUAUUGGCACGCUGCCACUGACGGCCCAAGAGCAAGCGCUGGUGGAGGACCUCCUCUUCGUUCUGAUUGGUGUAGACGGGCGUGACAUCACAGCACAGCCUGUACUCGGACGCCAGAGCCGCUCGUUCAUCGUGGACACCUCGCUGGACAUGUCAAUCAAAGAGCUGGUUAACCGCAUCCUGCCUGUGGCCUCCUGUUACUCCACCAUCACACGGUUCACGGAGGAGCGGUCGUCGUUUGAGUACGGGCAGGUGAACCACGCGCUGACGGCGGCCAUGCGGACGCUGAUGAAGGAGUACCUGAUCCUGGUCACGCAGCUAGAGCACCUGCACCGCCAGGGCCUGCUCUCCCUGCAGAAGCUCUGGUUCUACAUCCAGCCUACCAUGAGGACCAUGGAGAUACUCGCAUCCAUUGCAACAUCGGUUGAGAAGGGGGACUGCAUGGGCGGCUCCACGUUAAGUCUCCUGCACGAUCGCACCUUCAACUACACGGGGGACAGCCAAGCUCAGGAGCUGUGUCUGUACUUGACCAAGGCAGCCAGCGUCCCCUACUUCGAGAUCCUGGAGAAGUGGGUCUACAGAGGCAUCAUCAAAGACCCUUACAGUGAGUUCAUGGUGGAGGAGCACGAGCUUCAGAAAGAGAAGAUCCAGGAGGACUACAAUGACAAGUACUGGGACCAGCGCUACACCAUCGUCCAGCACCGCAUCCCCUCCUUCCUGCAGAAGAUGGCCGACAAGAUCCUCAGCACAGGCAAGUACCUGAACGUGGUGCGUGAGUGUGGGCGGGACGUGACGUGUCCAGAUGCCAAAGAGGUGCUGUACACGUUGAAGGAGCGGGCAUAUGUGGAGCAGAUCGAGAAGGCCUACAACUACGCCAGCAAGGUGCUGCUGGACUUCCUCAUGGAGGAGAAGGAGCUCGUCUCACGCCUCAGGUCUAUCAAGCACUACUUCCUGAUGGACAAGGGCGAUUUCUUUGUGCACUUCAUGGACCUGACGGAGGAGGAGCUGAAGAAGGCGGUGGAUGACAUCAUCCCGCCCCGCCUGGAGGCCCUGCUGGAGCUGGCCCUGCGCAUGAGCACCGCCAACACCGACCCCUUCAAGGACGACCUCAAGAUUGACCUGAUGCAGCAUGACGUGAUAACGCAGCUGCUGCGCGUGCUGGCCAUCGAGACCAAGCAGGAGAAGGCCAUCAUCAACGCAGACCCCACCGAUGUCUCCCUCUCCGGCCUCGAAGCCUUCUCAUUUGACUACAUCGUCAAGUGGCCACUCUCGCUCAUCAUCAACCGGAAAGCGUUGACGCGCUACCAGAUGCUGUUCCGCCACAUGUUCUACUGCAAGCACGUGGAGCGGCUCCUCUGCAACGUGUGGAUAAGCAACAAGACAGCCAAGCAGUACUCCCUGCACUCCGCUAAAUGGUUUUCCACAGCGUUUGCAUUGAGGCAGCGCAUGCUGAACUUUGUGCAGAACAUCCAGUACUACAUGAUGUUCGAGGUCAAUGAGCCAACCUGGCACAUCAUGGAGAAGAACCUCAAAACAGCGUCCAAUAUUGAUGACGUGCUCUGUCACCACACCAGUUUCCUGGACAACUGUCUGAAGGACUGCAUGCUGACCAACCCCGAGCUGCUCAAGAUCUUCUCCAAGCUCAUGUCCGUCUGCGUCAUGUUCACCAACUGCAUGCAUAAAUUCACAGUGAAAUUAAUCCAAGAUGUGGAGACCAAUCGGAUGGAAGCAUUGUCCUCCAAGAACAAAGCCACAGAGGAGGCAGAGAAGAAGAAACUCACCACAAAGGACAAAACGGUGUGGAAAUUGCAAGGUCGACUAAAUAACAACCUCGGCCAUCCAAUAGUUUUGUUUGUGUCGGAGCAUGUGGACUCGCUGCAGUCGGACGCCAGCUUCGAGGCCACCAUCAGCAGCUUCGACUCCAACUUCAGCACGCUGCUGCUGGACCUGCUGGACAAGCUCAGCAUCUAUAGCACCAACGACUGCGAACACUCCAUGAUCAACAUCAUAUACCGGUUGGACUUCAAUGGCUUCUACACAGAGCGCUUGGAGAAGAUGGCCAUCGAACGUACACAGAAAGCAUCAGCGUAGCACCACUCAGUUGUUUUGGAAAAUUGAUCACAUCUACAUGACGUCAUGCCCACACCCAGAUGUGCACUCUGGCGCUCUUCACAAUUUUCAUGACGUGAUAACGCAGCAGAAUGAAUGCCUGUACAGAACGGCCCUAUUCCGUUGGGUCCCAAAGCUGCGUGAACCUUUGUCAGUUUGAUAAAGUGACUUAAUUGUGUGACAAUAUUUUGGACUUGUGUGGCCCGUAAAGCACUGAUAUAAUGCUCUUAUUAUACUCUAACAAGCAAAAG